AGGCGCUAUGAGAGCAUACAUGAUGUUGCUAUUAGGUUGUACCAUUCUUGCCGACAAGACGUUUACUCUUGUCGAGGCAAAAUAUCUUCCACUUUUGAGAGAUUUGGAUAAUUGUGGAAACUAUUGCUGGGGGGCAGCUGCACUGGUUACUCUGUAUAGAUACUUAGGGGAUGCCUCAUUUUAUUCAUGCAAGCAGCUUGGCGGUUAUGCCUCUCUUCUUCAGUGUUGGAUUCAUGAGUACUUUCCAACUGUUGGAAAGAGAGGUACUUCUGGGUUAUUUGGCAUUGAUAGUCCGAUGGCUAGGGCGAUGAAAUGGGAAUAUAGGCAGGGGACGCAAAAAGUGGCUGACAUCCGAGCUAUGUUAGAUCAGUUGACUCCUCACGAUAUUGCCUGGCGCCCUUUUGAGGAUCAUCGGGUGCACCGUCCUUUUGAUGAUAUCUGUUUGUAUCGGGGUGGUUUGAAGUGGUUUGGUACUGUAGUUCUAUAUUUACCUGACAGAUGCUUGCGUCAGUUUGGAUACAGACAGUACAUACCGACUGCUCCUCCUAAUGUAGACACACUUGAUGUGGAUGUUGAGUGGGCUACAUAUAGGCAGAGUGUGUUGCAGGUGACCCGAUCCCACGAUGAUCCCCCAGCUGCGUUUGCCACCAUACCAUAUGAGACAGACGAUGAUUAUUUGGCGUGGUAUUAUACGGUGUCACAUCCUAUAUUGAGAGCACCAAGAGGUGAUCAGCCGAUGGAGGUACCAGUGCCUGUCUAUGACGAAGGACCGUCAGACCCGAGAUUAUCAUAUAUAUCUCAUGAGCUUCAUCAUUACUUACAGCGUCAUCAGGCUGUUCCUGAAGACGAACAGUUUCUGGAGAUAUUUAGAGCACUCAGACUUGCACAGGGCGGACCAUUACCUAGGGAAGGUCCAAUUACUUAUGACCAUGAGUCUGAUUGAUGUCACAUUUUAUGUUUAUAUUUAUGUUUUAGUUUGAGACUUAUGUAUU